AGGGGCCGGGCUGCUGUAGUUGGACCGUAGCUGUGAGGUGUCACUUGUCACCGUAAGGCUGCAGCAGCUAUCCCGGGGACAUGUGAGGUGUGUGCCGCAGCAGCAGGGGACACAAGCAUGUGCCUUCCCCACAUCAGCUGCCUCCCACAUCAACGCUAAGGGCUGCUAGAACAUGCUUAAGUUUCGUGUUGGCGGUAGGGACAGCCACAAUGAGCGUCCUACCACCCUUUUGGACCCAGUGACUGGACUGAUCCCGAGGGAAAGUGGACUACCGGGGUCUGAGAUGAAUGCAGAGGCGGCUGGGAAGCGCUCCACUAAUCUAGCCAACGAAAACUCCACAUUCACCAUGGUAUCUGACGCCUUUCCUGAUGGCCCCAACAUAAGGCCUUCUCGUCCAUCAAAGAAAGGAAUUGCCUUUGGGAAACGUUCCAAUUCCAUGAAGAGGAAUCCAAAUGCUGAAGUCACUAAGACAGGCUGGUUGUACAAACAGGCAAGUUCCGGAGUAAAGCAGUGGAACAAGCGUUGGUUCGUCCUUGUUGAUCGUUGCCUCUUUUACUACAAAGAUGAAAAAGAAGAGGGGGUUUUGGGAAGCAUUCCCCUGCUGAGUUUUCGCAUUGCCCCUGUUCAGCCUUCAGACAACAUCAGUCGUAAACAUACAUUUAAGGUAACAGUGUGCUGGGUGGGGGAUGAAACUCUCCAUAACGAAGCCCAAAUGUCUCGACAGGCAGAGCACGCUGGCAUCCGCACUUAUUACUUUAGUGCAGAGAGCAGAGAAGAGCAGGAGUCUUGGGUGCGAGUAAUGGGGGAGGCAUCGCAAGUCCAGAACCCUCCCACUCCUAGAUUGGAAAGACAAGACAGUGAAAAUAUACCUCCUGCAAGGGACCGUGAUCCAGAGACACGAAGCCGCGGUGAGGGGGAUGGGAGAGGCUCUGAAAAGUUAGAGAGGAGAUCGGAGUGCAGAAAGGACCCGCUAACCAAAGUUAAUGGGACCGGGGUUCCUACUGACAGACUUACUGACCUGGAGCCACCAAGACAUUUACCUGAUGGAGAACGCCCUCCACAACCAAAUGGUUGGGGCUUCAUUUCUUCCCCAGGUCGGCCAGCCAGCACAGUCUUUCCAGACGGUAAUGGGCAGAGAAGGGGAAACCUACCACGUACCCAUCCGGAGAAAGUAGCACAGAGACAAAACUCCAUGUCACAACUGCAGCAAUGGGUGAAUCUACGUAGGGCAGCACCUCCAACGGAAGAAAUGCAAAGCCCCAGCAGAUACUUCCCAGGAUCACACCACAUGCCUGAUUACUAUCCUCAGUACCCUUCUCAGUAUCCCGAUGGUUAUCAAUUUUACACCCCAGCAGGAUCACGACCAGACAGCAUUUGCUCUAUGCCAGCUUUCGACAGAGGUAUACCCCAAUGGGCUUUGGAAGAUAAGCGACAGGUCCUUCGUAAUGGAGCACCAUAUCCACCACGGGAUUGGAAGGAGCCUGGUGUUUAUGGACGUCCUGCAGAAUUGUGGGGUCCUCGUCCAGCUUUGUACUACCAGGAGACAGACGCUGCUUGUGGAUCUCUCCGCCGCCUCUCCUUACAGCCUCGUUCUCGCUCAGUACCCCGUUCUCCAAGCCAGGGGACUUACAGCACGCGCCCGAGGGUCUACUCCCCCGUACGCUCCCCAAGUGCACGGUUUGAUACUGUGUCGCGGGAUGAGAACUUUGGGGAAUCAGCUUCAUAUACCAUGCGACGUUCCGUUAGUUCUCCAAAAUAUGACUAUUUGGGUGACCGGAGACCUGUGCCCACAGGAGUGUACUCGUAUAGCUACCCAUCAUCCCCUCCUCUUCAUGACAAAAUGGAUGAGAUGUUAGAUCUGCAGUUACAGAGGCACCUUGAUUUUUUGGAUCAGCAGAUGAGUGAGAGUGAGACUUUGAUCAGCAUGGUUAAUAAUAUGGUACACUCCUCCCCCAGAGCACAGAUCUUCAUGCAAGUGUCCCCUUAUGCAGAUCCUUACAGAGAGGCAUUACAAAGCUACAAGUUCAAUGAACAGGACACAGAUAAACUACUGGGCAGACUGUGUGAACAACACAAGGUAGUGAGGGAGCAGGACCGGUUGGUGCAGCAGCUGAGAGCUGAGAAGGAGAGCCUGGAGAGUGCACUGAUGGGAACUCACCAGGAGAUGGAGAUGUUUGGCAACCAGACGACAUUUCCUGAGAAGUUACUGCUUCGGAAAGAAUCUCUGCAGAACCAAUUGAUCAGUAUCCGUGUGGAGCUGUCACAGGCCACCACGGCAUUAAACAACAGCAGUAUGGAGUAUGAGGUCCUGGAGGGAGAGGUGUCUGCUUUGCAUGAUGCUUUGUGGGAGCAGCUAAACCUGAACAUACAGAAUGAGAUGAUGAACAGACACAUACAAAGGGAAAUCUGGAGGAUUCAGGAUGUAAUGGAAGGUCUGAGAAAAAAUAAUCCCUCCCGGGGGACUGAUACAGCCAAGCACAGAGUAGUCACUGGGCCUUCAGCAACCUUCAGCUCCAACAGCCCAGCAAGCCCCUUGAGCUCCACCAGCCUCACUAGUCCCCUCAGCCCCUUCUCCCUCAUCUCAGGAUCUCAGGGAUCACCCACCAAGCAUACCACAAGCGAGGACUCGGGCCCCCCUCGGCCCCCUCUCCCUCUUUCGUACACCCCCCUGGACUCUCCUCUGACUGUCCCUCCACCCCCGGGGGAGGGCCGCUUCCAGCCUUGGCCUUACCCUAUCUCCCCCUGCUGGCCACACAGUGAGUUGAAGCUAAACCUUGAACCAUAUAAGAGAGAAUCUCCCCAUCUUUCAACAUCUCUGCCCAGUGAAGGUGUCAGUUCCAUUCACACACGAGCAGAUCAAGAGGCAGAGAAACAACAGCAGUUACAGCUACAGGCCAUCAACAAAGUUGGAAUUGUCCCUCCAAGGACUAAGUCACCGAAUGACGAAGGACCAGUAACAAAACCAUUGGUGGUUAGAAGAGGGGGCAGUCGUGCACCAAAUGGGCAAAUCUCAAGGGAACGGCCAAAGAGCGCACUGUUCCCCAGCGAGGUGAAGUCUAAAAUGAGUGUAGAGGAGCAGAUUGAUCGCAUGAAACGGCAUCAGAGUGGGUCAAUGAAAGAAAAGAGGCGGAGCCUUCAGCUCCCAUCCGGUCAGCAAACAGAAUCCAGCACUACAAAACCAGCAGGCACAUACAGAGUGGUGCGGAGGCAUCGCAGCAUUCAUGAGGUGGACAUCUCAGACCUGGAAGCUGCUAUACGUUCCCAGGAGACCCAAAGGACAUACGAGUCCCCUCGGGAUGAAAUUGCCAGGCUGCGAAAGAUGGAGCUGGAGCCACAGGCCUUCAGUGUAGACAUUAACAGAGAGCUCAACACCCCAGACAAGCUUUCCACCCCAGACAAGGUGCUCAUUCCAGAGCGGUACAUUGAUAUGGAACCCGAGAGCCCUCUCAGCCCAGAGGAGUUACAGGAGAAACAGAGGAAGGUGGAGCGGAUAAAAACACUUAUUGCCAAAUCAAGUUUGCAGAAUGUUAUUCCACUGAGUGACUCUGAGCUGGAGCUGCCACCAGAUCCGGAAUCACAGCUACAGGAGCAGGAGAAGCGCAUUGAGCUGUCCUGCACGUUGGCAGCUGAAGCUUCACGUCGUGGCCGUCUCCUGUCUGCUCUGUGUGCCACCCCGAGCCCUCCUACGUCUCCCACGUCCCCAGCUCCUCAGACCCUCCCUUCUCCUGAGCGCUCGGCUCUAGGGGGCAGCAGCAGCAGUGACAGCGCUGGGGAAUACGGGGCGAACAUCAUGUGUGUCUGAGCCACAGUCACAGGCAGCCACAUCUGUGAAAUUGAAUAGAACUUAGCGGGAACUCAUUCUGCUGCCUCCUAUUCUCAUCAGCGCCACACCACAUCUACAGCGAAGAGAUGGGCCUGGAACUAGAGAUGUAGGACACCGGUUGUGACAUCAGUGGACAGCACCCCUUGUUUCCUCCAAUUUGGCCACCAUUUGGCAUAUGGCUCUUCAUGCAAGGAUAGAGACUGCCACAUGUGACGUGUUGUUCCAGAUCCAGAAAUACCAAACAUUUCUUCUUCUUCUUCUGCUGCUGUAAUGAUGAUAUCUGGCACUUCGAAGACUAAAAUUGUAAAUUUGCCAAUUAAUUUAGAGCCAAAAUGAUUCACCCAGUGACUGAUUUGUGCGAUUCAGAUGACAUCAUGGUUUUCUGCAGUGGCCGUUUUAAAACGGUAAAUGCCUGUAGCAUCUGCCUGAGCUUGUGCUGCUUUUUAUUGGAAGGUCCUUAUAACCAAAGCAAGCAAUAACUCUGCAACAUCAAAACCCACUUCAGGAUGGCCUUCAUAAAGACCUUCAGCUAUGUUUUAUGUAUAUAGUGUGCCAGGAUACCCCUUAACCUGACACAUUCAUUCUGCAUAGUGUACAAAACAUAUCUUUCUCUAUAUAUAGCUAUAUAUAUAUAUAUUUUGCUUCAUGAAAUAGAAUAUUUAUUGUAUGUAUAUAAUUAUGGGAAGUAUUGGUUAUAUAGGUUAUGAAAGUUAUAGCCCUACCCACCCAAUAUAGCCCAAGAGGCAAGCCAUCUGCAACUAAUGGACUGAACUAGUUAAAUCCAUUCCAGACUUUCUUAGAACAUAAGAUACACUAAAUGCCUCACAGAGAACCGUGGAGUCUUUUUAAUUAUUUUAUUUCUUUUCUAACUGACCUAUGUAAUUAAUAAAAUGUAGUUAAUAUAACAGAACUUGACAUUUUGAAAUGUACAUCUACAGGAAAACAAUGAUUACACAAAUAUCUAUGGCGUUUGUGCUAGACAUGAAACAUUUUUAGGCUUUUUCAAAAUACUCUCAUCAUUUUUCAUAUUAACUUUUAAAACUAUCUACAAAGUGCAAAAAACUCAGAGUAUAUGAGACAGUGUAAAGUAAGCGAAUCUGAGCUCUCCUAAUACUGCUACCUAAGAACUGCCUGCUGUAGUGCCUGAGGUUUGUUCAUCAUCUGGUUUGCAUUGUGCACGCUGUGUAUGUACACACAAUAUCUGAGAAAUACCAAUCUGUGCUUCAUUUAGACAUAAACUGUCAGAGCUCUGAUACCCUGUGCAGUAAGUGUAACAUUGCUUUGUAGCUGUGUUCAUUGUAGAAGUGCAAACAGGCAAUGGCGCAAAGGCAAUAUUACCUUUUAUUACAUGAACACCUGGACAAUGCCGGAUCAUUGUUCCAGAUGUGUUAAUAAGAAAAAAAUGUUUUCUUGAUGCAUAAGGAGCAAUUUUAUUUCUCCCAUAUUUUUGCCAGUUGGUCCUUCAUGGAGGAUUUACAUCUGAUCGUGUAGCUUAUUUUAUGGAUGGUAAGAUGGGGAACUUGAAUGUGAUUUGUUUUAUAAAUACUAGACUGAGACUUGUUCCUCCAGGUUUUGGCACUAUAUGUGGUUUAGUCAUGCAUGCUUUGUAUACAUCAACGUUUCGUUGUAGCUUAGAGGGGGAAAUAAUAUUAAAGAGGUUUUAUCCCCCCAAAAAUAUAAGAUUUAAAAUAUCUGUCUUGGCCUUCAGUAUCUCAAAAGGCCUAAUAUGCAUUUCCAGGAUCUGCUGUCUCCUAAUAUUACUACCACAAUUGGACAUCAUCUCAUGUCCAUGGGAAUUUGUAAGUAGAUGUACAUGACAACAAUGCAAGUGACUUCUGGGGGUCAGGCAUAAUAUGUACUAUGUAACAUCAUCCUGCUGGUUUGCUGUCUGAAUGGCAAUAAUAUACAGUACCUUCAAUAAUAAUAUUUCCCUUUAACUUUGUGUUGCUCAGAAAUCUUUAAGAAAUAUAUAAAAUAAUAAUGUUUUGCAUUAACAUUGAAGCAGAACUUUUGUGGAAUGGGACCUGUAUUCAUGAGGAUGCAGACUAAACAUUCAGUAGGAACUAACAAAACCGCUAAGGCAUGAAGUAUAGAGUGUCUCAUACCUCGGCAGCAUCGCUGAGUCCAAGUAUAAGCUUCAUUCUCAUGAACAUUGGCCCCAUCCCAUAAAAUUGCUGCCUCCACAUGCUUAUCCAGCUGACAAAAUGUCUCUCCUUUUGUAAAGAUGUUUGUUUUUAUUCCAUUGUCAUAUAUUAUGGCUUCAUUUACAUUCAAUACUGGAGUGAAACAGACAAUGCUGUAGGAAGUAAAAGAAGCCAGUGUGCCACCAUAUUUUCUGUGCAAUGAUUAAUACCAGAUGUCUGACGAUAAAGCCAUGCAUAAGCCUCCAUUUCUCAUAAACAGGACCUUGGACCAUUGAUGUGCAAAAAAUGUUUGUACUUAUAAAUUUGGUGAUAAUGAUGAUGAUGAAAAGAGCAUAAUGGGUGAUCCAGGAAUGAGGAUUUCUAUUUUUGCACUUGUCUAUUUUCCAUGUCUCAUCUGCUCUUAGAUUUGUCUAUGUUACUGACUUUGCUAGUACUAGAAAUAAAAAAAUCUACUAUG